AUGUUUCCCAGUACACAUUUCGUUUUAUAAUUUAUCUUUGAUUUUUUAAUAAAAUUAUACAUUCAGUAUUUUUGGUGGAUUGAUUCAGAUUAUGGUUGCCCUAGGUUUUUUCCUUCGUUUUUAUAGAUGUAACUGGGUUGAGUUUAUGUAUUAAUCACGUUCCUUGGUCAUAAAUAAUCAAAGAGACCUGCUAAUUAGGUCGCCUAGCGAAUUAAAAACUUUUCAGUAUUAUAUAACAAACUGCAAACACAUAUACAUAUAAAUAAAAAUGUCAACUAUACUGGACCCAGAAACGGCUAAACCUUUUAAAAAAACUUCCAUCGCCCUAAAUGAAGAAACGAUUUCAUGGAGGACAUUGAUAUUUGUUCCAUUUAAAAAAUAUUGGAGAUUUGUGUUGACCCUGUUUGUUUAUUAUCAGGUUAAUAUGGUACUGGUGUCGAUUAUGUACGCUUUUGGACAGCCGGAUUCUGAUCAUGAAACAGCCUUUUUGGUAACUGAUACGCUCUUCGGUCUACACAUAGUCCUUCUCACAAUGCACAGGUACAUGAAGAAGGAGCGCUUAAAGAGAGAGUACAUGCCGAGGAAUAUUGUUUUGCUCAUAAUUGACUACAUCACCAUUAUACCUGUUUAUGGAAUGUAUAAGUUGUUCGCUGAUAUCGGAUGGUCACUUACCAACAGCGAACGUCAUACGCAGUACAUCGUUAGAGAUUAUGCGAGACUAAUUUUGCUAGUGAGAUAUCACGAAGUGUACAAUUUCUUAAACGAUUUGGAACAAGUAACAGUGGCUAGUCAAUUUUUAGCGAUUGUAAAAUUUUCGGCCCAUUCGUUCCUAGCAAUACAGAUCUUGGCCGGUCUAUGGAAUAUAAUGGCCUGUUGGCAAUGUGAAAGAGCUAACUGGACUAAAAAUUUAAUAAACUACCAAUUCGAUCCGAAUCAAGCACUGCACUGGAUGUUAAUAUGUUGUACCUCGAUGGGGCACCUAUUCUUAAAUCAAUUCGAAUCCGAAGCCAAAGCCGUUAUUGUUAAAGAAGAACUGCUUGUGAUAUUCACAAUGCUAUUGGGUUAUUUGGCUAAAUACCUUUUCUUCGUUGGUAUGGUUGUGGUGGUGUUCUCUAGAGCUUUUCGACGUCAGUACAAGUUCUUCUCGGAUCUUUCCAUAGUACAUCUUUCGACGUCACGAUGGAACAUCAACAAAUCGUCUAAGAAACGCCUCUUCGAAUAUUACUACACUUUGUGGGAGACUAAAUUCGGAAUCCUUCGAUAUCCACGAAAUUUCUAUUUACUGCCGGCAACCCUCCAAAGAGACUCGGCCCUUGACAUGAACUGGGAUGCACUUCAACAUUCUUUACUCUUCAAGAAUACAAGUUUGGCUUUUAAAAGGGCCGUUAGCAUGCAAAUGGAGAACGUAAUCUUGAUGACUGGGGACUAUCUUUUUAUGCAAGAUGUCAUGAAGUAUAAAAUGAUUUAUAUCAAAACUGGAUUGGUCCAGAUUUUGAGUGCAGAAGAUGACGACUCGGUAAUAAUUUCAUUUUCCGGAGGAACCGUAUUGUCUGAGAUCAAUUUGUUCUUCCCAUUACGAAGUAAAUUGUAUGUCAGAUGUGCGGCCUACACCGAGUUGAACACCCUCCAACUGCACAAAGUCUGUAAAGUGAUGUCACUGUUCCCUCAGGACGCGAAAAUAUUACGAAAGGAAAUUGAGCUCCGCUUAGAGUUCGCCAAGUUCAUGAAAAUGCAAAAGGACAAAUUCGUAAAUGAAUCGCGAGUUGAAAAAUCCGGCAUCAGGUGGUUAAAAAUGCAAUGGCGGAAAAUACAUAGCAUGCGCAAGUCUAAAAAACGAAUGCCGAAGGUCAACCCUAUGCAUUGCUCAGACUACUUAAGUCUUUAUUCAAUUAAAGAAGGAAUCGAAAUUAGAACUCAAGUUAUAUGUUUGAAAGGUAGCUGGCCGUUUCUGUUGGAUCCGUCGUCCAGUUUUAGAAUUUUCUGCAAUUACUUCAUUGUGAUUUUGUUCUUUAUUGAGUGCACCCUUACCCCAUAUUACAUUGCAUUUUUGGGUGACAUUUCAUUUGCACUGUUCACUCUGUUCACCAUGUUCGAUAUCUUUUAUUUAAUCGACAUACUUCUUCAAUUAUUCACCGCAAUCAAACUGAACGAUUCAUUGAUUACUAGACACAGUCAAAUAUUACUUUAUAAGAUAAAAAGUUUGCCUUUCUUCAUAGACUUCAUUACGGCAAUUCCAGCCAGUCAGAUUGCACGUAUGGCAAGCCCUAGCUCAAAUUACGGUUGGAUGAGAUUUAUUAAAUGUCUAAGGGGUUAUCAGUUUCUCCAUUUGUUAGAGAUGAGGGCGAACAAGAAUAUUUAUAAUGUGUCAUCCAGAUUCUACAGAUACAUCUUGAUAUUUUUCUAUUCAAUCUAUUGGUGGGCAUGCAUUUUUUAUGUAGUCACAUGCUAUUUUGGAAACUGCGCCCAAUACGGAUGGUAUGAUUUUAGUAAAUAUUUGUAUUUACAAAUUUCAACGUUAAUGUUCGAAUACUGGAACACUCCAUUCCUUAUCAGUUACAUUUACGUCCUGGCAGGUUACAUAAACAUGGGCAUUACUUACUUUUAUCCAUACACAAUAUCAGAUAUUUUAAUGCAUUUCUUCUUCUUGGGAUUCUGCGGAAUGCUCAUAAGAUUACUGACCUAUGCGGACCUCAUUGCGCUCAUGUUUCUUAACAGACAAAUGGAUUACAGCAGAAAAAAAGCAAUGAGAACGGUGAAUGAACACCUUACUGCAAACAAAUUGGAGAGGAACAAAAUAAACCUAACGUUGGAAUACCUUGAAUUCCAAUGGAAGAUCGACAAGCUUACCGCAAAAGAUAGGCGUAUGAAUUACAUUCCAGACCACUUAAGGGAUGAUAUCGUCAAACAGAGGGUGUUGAGCGCACUGAUGCAGGUUCCGCUUUUUAAGUAUCUUGGCAUGGAAGUGGUCCAGGAAUUGUUAACGUUAACGGAAAUGAGAACAUUUCCACCAGAUACGGUCAUAUGCUUGGAGAAUUCGCACUCAAUCUCUUUCCGAAUAAUAUGCAGAGGGUAUGUGGAGUUAAAGUCGAUUUUGUUAGAGAAGAAAAAUAAGAAGUGUCGCACAGUAUUGUCAAGGGGAGAAUCUUUGAUCACAGUCGAAUUACUUCAUGGUUGCGACAGUCUAGUAAAUGCAACUACUUUAACGGCCGUUGAAUUGUGUAUACUGAAUGUGAUUAAAUUUUGGAACGCGAUGGAACGUUUCCCGAAGAAACUGCAAAAUCUUAAGACUUCCCUGAAACAGCAUCUAGAAGAGUACGACAAUAUAUUAAAACGGAAGCGAGUACGCCUGCCGCAAUUCCAAUUGAACGAUCGCUCCCUUGGACAGGGUGAUGCAUUUGAAUACGAAGUGGUGCAGCAGAGGAAAGAAGAUCGAGAAUGGAAGGAGUAUAUAACACCAUUUAGGCAACACGGAAAAUGGUCAUUCAUACGUUUUCUGAUGAUGCCAAAAGGUGUUGAUCCCAGAGGGAGGUUUUUCGUUACAUGGGUAUGUUUUAGAACGGCCAUAGUCUUAAUAAAUCUAUUCAUGGCAUUCUUCUAUUACUCAUUCACCAAUAUUACUCGAGUCCACAUAUUAAGAGGAUUGAUUCAUUGCAUUUACGCAGCUGAUUUAUACAUAAUGUUCCAUUGUCACUAUUACAACGACAACAGAAUUCUCGUAACGCACCCGGUGGCGUGCGCAAAGCACUAUUUGCGAACUUCGUUUCUCUUUGAUGUAAUUUCGUACACGCCAAGAGAAAUAAUUAAUGUAAACACCUCUUUUCGAAAUCGAAAUCUACGCUUGAAGUGGAAUUUUGUAAUUAUAAUUGUGAGAUUGAUUCGGCUCAAUCGAAUAGUGCAAGGUUUGAGUUAUAUGCAGUAUAACGUCAAGCGUAGCACCCUCCUGUUUGUCUUUCUUAGAUUCCUAUUGAUUAGCAUUAUGGCGAUAGGAACAGUUGCAGCUCUAUUUCAGCUACUAGUGUGCGACGUGUAUCUUACUGGUAAUACUAGAACAGUGAUUUGCGCAAGUAACACAUGGAUAACGACUUCUAGAAACUUCGAUCCAGGAGAAGUAAACAAGUGGACGUCGCAUUUGUUUUCCAUAGAUAUGGCACUGCAGGUGCUUUUAAGUUCCGGCAGUUACCACUUUAAGGCGUUCACACAAGCAGAAGCGGUCAUCGUUGUUGUUUUAUCUGCAGGGUUCUUCUUCCUGGUAUUGCUAUUAUACGCUAAUUUAGUUAGUCACAUGGCUGGAGGUGACGCUGCACUAACAGUUUAUCGUCAACGCGUUAAAGAAUUUCUUGCGUUUAUGGAGCAAACCCGGGUGAGCGAAGAAGUUGUCAAAGCCACGGUGGAUCAUUACGAGCACGUUUGGAAAAUGACGAAGGGCAUAAACAAGAUGCAAAUAUAUUCCUUUUUAAACUUGACCUUACGAGAAGACAUUUGUUAUUUCUUAUUUGGAAAGGUGCUGAGAAACACCCGCCUUUUAUAUGACUCGGAAAUAUCGAAUAUCAAACAUAUGGGUACAUUUUUGGAAGAAAAGUUCAUCGAGCGAGGCGCUAACAUCAUUCGGUGCAAUGAGAUACAGUCGAACAUUUAUAUUGUUAAAACAGGACGGGUUAACAUAACUGUUGCCAAAACAAUUGUUUGCACCCUUGGACCGGGUGGCAUGUUCGGUUGCUUUACCAAAGAAGGAAUGAUUCGUCACACGAUAACAGCUACUGCAAAUGUUCACGUGUCCCUCUUGGAAAUUUCAUGUAAAAAAUUUUAUGAGGAAGUAAAGGCCACGUCGAAGGCAGUGCUACGUUUGAAACAAAUCAAUUAUGUCAACGGAGAAUUUAUGGAACAGGUCGAGGUUAUGCAUGAAACUACCAGCCUUUACAACAAAAUUGUUAGUGAAAAUGACGAGUCAAAGAAUAAAAGAAAUAUACUGAGGAUUGGAAGGGUUAUUAGCAGGGAAAGUACAUUCUACACCUGGUGGGAGAGUCUGGUAUACGUCCAUCUAGUCCCUAUAUCGACCCUAAUACUUCUGUUCCUCAUAUUCAUUGAAAACAGCCGAUCGAUGACCUUUUUUGACAAAAUUUUUAUUUACACACUCGACGUAGUGUUUAUAAUCAAAAUUGUCGUCGACAGCCACUUGGAUUACGUGGACAGUGAAUCCGGGCUAAUAAUACGAAACCUGGUCCGGAUUCGUAAAGCCUACUUUUUAUCAUUCUCAAGAUUCUGGUUUAAUCUUUUAACCGUUUUCCCUUUUGAAUUCUUCGCUGGAUUCUUCAUGAAGGACAAUGCAAAAUACUUUGCCAUCAAUCGAUUAUUCAGAUACUACUAUUUCAUAAUGCACUACAUCGAAUGCAAAAGAAAGGUGCAAAUAAUGGCUCGAUUAAGAUUAAUUUCUCUCACACACAACUUUCUUCUUUGUAUCCAGCUCGGCGCAUGCCUGUGGUACACAACUGCAUGUCAAAACACCUGUCUGGAUUUAGAAGGUAGAGAAAACGUGGACGUCAAUUCAUGGGGCAUUCUUAUGGAAUCAUACACGGCCUUAUACAAAUAUGUCAUUUCCAUAACUUGUAAAAUAAAAACGCCAACUCCUCCGAAACAAACAAUAAUGAACUUGUUGGUUUCAAUGAUUUUAAUAGGAUUUUUCGAAUUGCUGACCAUGUGGAUGACGGCCGAGUUCAUCACAUUGAGAUUCAUCAGCUCGCACAGCGUCUCCAAUUAUAAGUACAGGAUCAACAAACUAAAGGCAUUCUUCGAGAAAAAUGACAUGUUUCCCCACAUUACGGACAACAUUAAGACAUACUUCAAUUUUUUGGGCCACUAUCAAGCUGGAGAACAAAUACCAUCAAUAAUAAAAGAUGCCCCAAGACUUUUGAAAAUCGAUCUUCUCUAUGGAUUGUAUGGAGAGCAUUUACAUCGUCAUUUGCUUUUUAAUAAAACUCAUACAGAUUUCGUAAAACAAUUGAGCGUUCAUUUGAACAGAGUGUUGUACGCUCCAAGGAAUUAUUUGGUCAAAACCGGUGACGUCGAUGGAUGUAUGUAUUUUAUAGAAGACGGAGAAGUAGGGAUUUAUGAAGCUGACGGAGACUUUGAGAAUUUAAAGUAUACACUGAAUAAAAACGAAAGCUUUGGAGAACAACAAGGGUUAUUCUUAACACCUCACGCUUGGUCUUAUAAAGCAGAAACUGUAGUAGUUGCACUCUCUUUAAACAAGAAAGAUUGGACAUAUUUAUUGAAAUGGUUUCCUGCAUCAAAAGAAGUGAUAGAAAGUAAAUCGAAACACUUUCAACCUUCAGGGCAUCUCUCUCAAAUAAAUCACCUAUCUGAUACUGCCUUUUAAAUUUUUACUGUUUCACUGCAUCGCUAAGAAGAAUCUAGCGAGUCCGCAGACACACGACUUCAGAUAAUGACAAAGCGAUGUAGUUGUUGGCUAUAUCUAUUUUCAUUGUUAUAAUACUUAUUAAUAUUCUUCAAAAAUAAAUGAACUUAUUUCCCAAA